AUGAAGAUUUUAAAUUUGUUUCUAACUAUUCCAUACUUGAUGGUAGUAACUGAAUCUUGUAUGCGAAUGGUUCCACAGGAUGAUGCCUAUAUUCCGAGUACAAUGGCUCCUGAGAAAAGUACAUUGGCUCCUGGGGAGAGCACAAUGGCUCCGAUGGCUCCUUCUACCACAAUUGCCGCCGAGGAAACAAGAUUGCCUGAGGAAAUGAUGACAACACCCGCAUUGGAGUCUUCAACUGUGACAGAAAAAGUUUGUGCAGUUACUGAAGAAAAAUGCCUAAAUUUAGCAACAGUUGUUCAAGGCACAAUGCAAAUGUUCGAAAAAGACGGCUGCAUUGAAUUCAUGUGCCCUGAUAACGACGCUCCAUACUUCAAGGGUGCAUUUGCGGAUAGUGAAAUACCGCCACCUACCGCAGAUGACGAGGGGAAUGAAUUAACAAUCAUUCGUCCAAAAUCGCCAGCACAAAUAGCCAAGGGGUUAGUUGCCUAUUAUGGAUUGACUUGUGUGGACAAUAAAUUGACAGCCACUGAGUAUCCACGAGGAAUUAAUUCCGUCAGAACAGGCGAUGUUUACGGCACGGAUGGAUCUUAUAGCGGGAAGAAAUCUAUUUUGAGUCAAGUAGAUUGCGAUUGA